CCGCCAUGUUUUACAUUCUUCCCUACUGCAUUUGCUUUUUUGUGAACCUUGUCUGUGUUUUUGUUUGAGAUGUCUGGACGCGGCAAGCAGGGAGGUAAAGCCCGCGCCAAAGCCAAAUCUCGCUCUUCCCGCGCUGGGCUGCAGUUCCCCGUGGGCCGCGUGCACCGCCUGCUCCGCAAGGGCAACUACGCCGAGCGCGUGGGCGCCGGCGCCCCGGUGUACCUGGCGGCCGUGCUCGAGUACCUGACGGCUGAGAUCCUGGAGCUGGCGGGCAACGCGGCGCGCGACAACAAGAAGACGCGCAUCAUCCCGCGCCAUCUGCAGCUGGCCAUCCGCAACGACGAGGAGCUCAACAAGCUGCUGGGCAAGGUGACGAUCGCGCAGGGUGGCGUGCUGCCCAACAUCCAGGCCGUGCUGCUGCCCAAGAAGACCGAGAGCCACCACAAGGCCAAGGGCAAGUGAUUUGAUAAGCAUCUGAGCUUCCGGAAACCACUCUAAACCCAAAGGCUCUUUUCAGAGCCCCCA